AUGCCGGUCCUGCGCCCGGGCCGUGCGCUGCUCGCCGGCGCCCUCGCCGCGGCACUUCCCGCGGCUGCGGCCGACGGCGCGCCCCCGGGCGCCUGGGGGCUGCGCGCGCGCUGCCGCUCGGCGCUGGCAGGCGCGGGCGAGUCACGCCACGGCCUGGCGGAGCUCCUGAUGGUCUGCCGCUCGCGGCUGCCGGCGGAAGUGCCCUCGGGGCUCUCCCCAGUCGAGCUGGGAGAGCGGCCGUGGUCCACCUCCACCGUGGACCGCGCGUGCGGCAAAUGGGAGCAGCAGCACGCCCACCGCGUGCUCCUCGUGGCGCCGGAGCGCCGGGAGCAGGUGAUGGAGGACUGGGUGGCACAGGUGGACGACGUCAUGAAGCAGAAGGAACAGCCGAACUCCCUGGUCAUGGGCAGCCGGAGGGCAGCGCGGCGGAUGUUGCACGCCUUGCAGCGCAGCCCGCUGCACGGUUGCCCAGGGUUCUUAAUGGAGUUUUGCCGGAGCUGGGCGCUCGCGGACGCGCAUUGCGUUCGCUUCCGCAGGUCGAGCGCGGCCUGCCCCGGGGGCGGCGUGGGGUCCCAGGCCUGCCUGGCGAAGCUGGGCCAAGAGGGAGCCCGCGGCGCCUCGGAGCAGCGCGGGGAGAUGGGCACCGCGGAGGUCUCCGUCGGUUGCCGGCUCCGGCUCCGUGGCUUCUUUGCUGCCGAGGCCGGCGCUGCGGUGGCCAUAGGGGGCGGUUGGUGGAUGGUGUCCCGGGUCACGAUCGUGGCGAUCGCGGCCUUCACCCAGCAAGGCUCCAGGGGUGUGCCCGUCGCGGUCAGGCUCGUGCUGUUCGCGGUCAAGAUGGCCCCAUGGUUGGUGGAGACUAUUGCGGCAGCUCCCAUCGUGACCUCGAUGUCCCACCAGAUCAUCACCCAUGAGGUGGUUGCGGCGUUGGUGGGUUGGGAGGACGUCGGCGACGUCGAUCGGGCUGAUCCCGAAUGCCGCCGUGCGCAUCCGCUUCCCUGCAGCUCAGCUGCGACGGCCGAGCUGGACGGGUUGCUCACGGGUCGCCGAGGUGACGAGGUGGUCUUGAAGGAUGGCCUCGGGCGUGUCGAGAAGGGCUUCGUCCAGCGCUCCUUUGUGCCUUUGGCUCGACAUGUGGCGCUUGCGGGCAGCCUGCUCAGGGGUGUCCUGGCGAAGCCCUUCCCCGCCCCGGGCCUCCGUGUGAGUGCCCAGCUCCUGCAGGCGUUCAGGGCGGCGGUGGCCUUCGUCUCGUGGAUGACGGUGCGAGCCCAGGCGGUGUUGACAGGUGGGUCGAGCGGCCAGCGGGUUGUCCUGCCGACGGAGUUGGGCGAGCGGGCGCCCUCCCUCCGCGUGGCCAAGGAGGGAGAUGCUGCUGGUGAGCGCGCUGUCGCCGUGGGUGCCAGGGCGUGUUGGUUGAGCCACGACGGGUGCGGUCCAGCAGGCCGCUGCCCAGCUGCUCGUGCGUUGGCCACGCUGAGACGCUGGGCGGCCAACCUCAGCCCAGUGGGCGGGAUGCCGGUGCUUGCGGCAGAUGCGGCCCCGCCUCCCCCGAGGGCGGCGGAGGCCACUCGACCGCAGGCGGGGGAGCCGCAGCGGCGAAGGGCCGCGCGGGCCGCAGCGGUUGCAGUCGUUCUCGCCGCCGUCGCCCUCGCGGCGGCUGUGCCUGCGCUCGUGGGCGCGGGGUCCCCGUUCAGGCCGCAGCGCCCGCCCCCCGGCCGCGCGGCGGGCGCCCGCCGGCCGACGACGGCGAGGAGGCAGCAGGCGGAGCGCGGGGGCUGCCCCGUGGAGCCGCCAGCCUCGGGCGCCGCGGCCUGGCGCGCGGAGCUGGCGGCCGAGGAGGCCGGCGGCGCGCGGGCGCCGGCCGCUGGCACCGUGCUCCCGGGCGCCAGCAUCGACGUCGUGCAGGCGGCGCUCAGCGAGGGCAAGCCGGUGCUGGUGGACUUCAUGGCCCCCAGGUGCCCCUCGUGCAGGCGCCUGGACGAGGUGCUGGACGCCUUCGCCGACUACUUCGGCGACCGCGUCCAGGUGCUCAGGGUCAACGUGCUCGAGCACCGGCACUUCUUGGACCAGCUCGGCUUCAGCAGGGUGCCAGCGGUAUUCCUGUUCGAGCCCAGAUCGGGCCAGCCCGUCGACAGCUUCGUUGGGGCUCAGGCCAAGGGGCUCGACAUCCUCAGGUCGAUCGAGGAGAAGCUCCUCGCCUAA